UUUGAGAAUGUAUCAUCGCCGAGUUAUUCAAAUGAAUGAAAAAGAGCUCCGAGCAGUUACAGCAAUUGUGUUACCCGGAAGAAAGGGUGAUCAGCUGAAAAUUGGAGAAAUGCAAGAAAUGUGCAUAAAGUGGUUAUUCUCAAAUGGACUCUCGAUUAACCACGUUUUCGAGAUUCAUGAUGAUGGAGAUGGUGAUUUAUUUUGUGUGAUGAGAAAUUCCGAUGCUUGUUGGUGUUGUCCAAAAUCCUCUGAACUAGGAACUCUAACUGAUUUCGAUCGAGGUCCAAUUGGGGACAAUUAUAGAAGAACACCAUCUCCGGUUCGAAAACCAACUACCGAAACAACAAAAGAAGAUCUGGAACCUGAAAAGAAAGUGAAAUUUGCACUUCCUUCUCCCGAACUUCCAGCUUCUUCGCCGCCACCAAAACCACAGAAACCAAAACUGCCAUCUCAGAAAAUUGCUCCAAUUACAGUUCAGCCAACAAUCGUGACGAUUCCGGAUAAAAUACAUAAAGAAGGAAAAGAGCAACAAGGAGCAUGUGCAUAUUGUAAAAGAGAAUGUGGAUUAUGUAUUGUCACGUUAUGUGCACAAUUUUGA